GGAUCUUGAUGUGCGGGAUGACAGUGACACAUAAGUGUUUUGUUGUCAUAUUUCUUGCAUAUUAUUUCCAAUGUUAUCGAAAUUAAAAAAUAAUUUGUGAAUGUUGUGAAAUUUAGGCACUUUUUAGAUGGAAAAACCGUUGCUGGAUAAGUGAGAGUUCUUCUAAAUUGAGAAACACCAGACAACAAAAUACACACGGAAUAGAAGUCUUCAGCGAUAUUAAUAAACGUGUGCCGAUUUUAAGGUGAUGCAUAACAAAUUAUUUGAUCGAAUAGCUACACAUAAAUCAACAUGCAGUCUACAACGUCCGUUUUAUCGGAAGAACAUUCUACUGAAACAACGCAGCCAUCCGCUAUGAAUGUAAGAGAUAAGCCUAAAAAUGAUUACUCGGAUAUCCGGAGAAAGACUGUUCUAGUCAGCCCAACGGAAGAGCAGUAUGAAGCAUUGAGGAAACGUUUGGAGGAGAGGAUUGCAGAUAGCCGAGGCGAAACAGUUUACGAAAUAGGAGUCGGAGAAGAUGGCAGUGAAAGCGGUUUGGACCCUGAAGAAUAUGCAGCAUCUCUGGCGACCCUACAAUCUUUGGCCGCAAUGCUCAAUGCCGAAUGUGUUGAGUUACGCACUAGAAAGGGAGAAGAGGGUUUAACGGGACAGUAUCUGGUCCGCACCAAAGUAGACGAUAAUGAUUUCACAGAAAUACGUGUAGCAGUGGUCGGCAAUGUUGACGCCGGCAAGUCGACACUUCUUGGUGUGCUGACACAUGGUGAGCUGGACAAUGGACGUGGUUUCGCUAGACAACGCCUAUUUCGCCACAAGCACGAAAUUGAAAGUGGCAGAACCAGCUCCGUUGGUAACGACAUUCUCGGUUUCGACAGCGUAGGAAAUGUGGUGAAUAAACCUGAUCACGGUACUUUGGACUGGGUCAAAAUUUGUGAGAAAUCUGCGAAAGUAAUUACUUUCAUCGAUCUUGCCGGCCAUGAACGAUACCUGAAGACAACAGUAUUCGGAAUGACUGGUCACGCUCCUGACUUCGGAAUGUUGAUGCAUCUUGUUCUAUUCCAGAUUGGUGCAAAUUCAGGAAUAGUCGGAAUGACGAAAGAGCAUUUGGGACUGGCGUUGGCUCUCUCAGUACCGGUAUUCGUAGUUGUGACUAAAAUCGAUAUGUGUCCACCGAAUGUUCUACAGGAAAAUUUGAAAUUAUUGUACAAAAUUCUCAAAUCUCAGGGGUGCCGUAAAGUACCGGUCAUGGUUAAAACUGCUGACGAUGUCGUGCUUAGUGCGACAAACUUUGUAUCCGAACGAUUAUGCCCAAUUUUUCAAGUAUCUAACGUAACAGGUGAAAAUUUGGAUUUACUGAAGAUGUUUCUUAAUCUUUUAACGGUUCGCACAACCGGAAACGAUGACCUGCCGACCGAAUUUCAAAUUGACGAUACGUAUGCAGUGCCAGGAGUCGGCACUGUUGUCUCUGGUAUUACACUGCAGGGCGUUGUGCACCUGAAUGACAUUCUUCUAUUGGGGCCAAAUCCACUAGGAGAUUUUCAGCCCAUCGCAAUUAAAAGUAUCCACCGUAAGCGAAUGGUGGUUCGAGCAGUGCGAAGCGGUCAAACAGCCAGUUUUGCAUUGAAGAAAAUCAAACGAUCCCAGAUAAGGAAGGGCAUGGUGUUGGUCAGUCCAGAUAUUCACCCACAGGCUUGCUGGGAAUUCGAUUGCGAAAUACUAGUUCUGCAUCAUCCUACGACUAUUUCCAGUAAAUAUGGACGGUGGUCAGCUAUGGUACACUGCGGUAGUAUUCGACAAACUGCACAAAUUCUUCAGAUGUCUAAGGAAUGCCUACGGACGGGUGAUAAAGCUGUUGUUCGCUUCAGAUUCAUCAAAAAUCCUGAAUACAUGAAACCGGGUCAAAGAAUGGUUUUUCGAGAGGGUCGUACGAAGGCCGUGGGUAAUGUAAUUACCCCACUCUAUACGCCUGGUUCCGUUCAGCAGCGUACGAAGCCGAACAAAAUGCAGGGUCGUGGAGCUCCAGCUUCGCAAUCAAAUGUCCCCAAACCGUUAUCGAAAGGCACUAGUGAUGCUGCUUCUGCAGCACAGUCCAGCUUGUCUGGAAACACAAUGGUUUUGGACAUUGGCACCGACAAGCGGAACAAUCGGUCAAGUAAUACACACAAAAAGUUUCGCGGAGGACCUUCCACCAAUAUGGACACAGGUGGGCGUGAUACAUCCCCCGCGUCUUCUCAGCAAAGCACUUCAUUUUGUAAAGAUUCGAUCUCAGUAACUUCUAACUGAAUGUCAACCUCUGAACCUUGACAAAACUAAACUAGAAGGUCUUUUUCAGAAAACGGUUUUAUUUUCAUAAUAUCUUUCGGAAGAAAAGAAAUACAAUUCGAACUGGAUUUGAAUUUUUUUUUUCGACUUGGAAGUUAGUUGACUUAUCUACAAAUAAACAUAUUUAUAAUAUUGCA